UCGUUUAACCAAUCGGAGCGCAGCUACCUCCAUUUCGUGAGUUGUAAACCAGCAUACUGUUAUUCUCAAUUCAAAACAGCAUUGUGGGAAAAAUGAUGGCGUGACUUAACUGUCUGGGACUCCAAGUGCGUCACUUAAUGGAAUAGCAGAGCUCCGCGUUGUACCAAAAGUUUCCACAGGUAUGCCAUGACGUCUAAAUUGGCUUGACAACCGCGGAUCGCAUACCAACAUUCAGGGAUCACCAUGUCCACCACCCUGCUGUGGGCCGUGGAUGUGUAUGGGAGGGUGUACAGCGUGUCCACCGCCGGCCAACGUUGGGUGCGCGCUGAUGACUCGCUUCUGGAGCUCAAGCGUGUCACCGCCGGGAAAGGUCGCUGCUGGGGCAUCGGCUGCGACCACCAAGUCUACCUCAACGUGAUCCCCCACGAGACCCCAAUCCGCUACAAAGAGGAGACCUAUGAAAACCAGAGGUGGAACCCGGUGGACGGCUUCACGGAUACGCUGCUGCCUACCGACCGCUGGCCCUGGAGCGACGUGACUGGGAUGAAUCCUCAACCGCUCCACAGCUUUCAGUUGCCGUCCCGCAGCUGGGAAUGGGAGGGGGACUGGUAUGUGGAUCACAGCUGUGGAGGAGAACCCAGCCAGACUGGGGGUUGGGACUAUGCCGUUGACUUCCCUGCUAACUUCUCCCCUGACAAGAAGUGGAACUCCUGUGUGCGUCGUCGGCGCUGGAUCCGCUACAGAAGAUAUACAGCACAAGGCACCUGGGCAAAGAUCCCCUUGGACCAUCCGAGGAAGCCCCCACUACCUCUGUGUGACCUUAGUUGCGGUGGCUGGGAGAUGAGUGAUGAGUCUGGGAGGUAUCCUUACCUUUGGGCUGUGUCCCAACAAGGGCAGGUGUGGUUCAGGGAGGGCAUCCACCCUCGGGUCCCAGAGGGCUCCAGCUGGGAUGAGGUAGAGGUGCCAAAGGAGGUGGCCCAGUUAUCGCUGGGACCGAGAGACCUGCUGUGGGCUGUUCUGUGGGAUGGGAACCUGCUGGUCCGCACGGGCCUCAGCCUGGACAGCCCUACUGGCACGUUGUGGGUGGAGUUGGAAUCACCCGCGAAAGAGGUGGAAACCCUUCACGUGUCAGUCGGGGUCAGCGUUGUGUGGGUGAUCACAAAGGACUACAAAGUGUGGUUCAGGCGAGGUGUCAAUUCCCACAAUCCCUGCGGCUCAGGAUGGAUCAGCAUCGUUGGUGAGAUGAUGAUGCUCGACGUGGGACUCAACGACCAGGUUUGGGCUGUUGGUGAGGACCGCGGUCUAUAUUUCCGAACAGGGGUGACUCCAUCCGAACCAAGUGGGAACGGUUGGAUCCCUGUUUCCGCUGUGUGGGGCAACAGUAAAGAGAAUUCCCCACCCAGGGACGGCAGUGAGUUUAGUAGCCAGCUGAAAGAAACCUCCCAAGUCACAGCAGUGAGCUGCACUGAGUCUGAUUCAGAAUUAGGCCCGACAGAGCUGGCAAACGGCACAAGUGACACCCCAGUCCUGCAGGCGGCAGCCCCCUCAGUGGUCCCGUUAGGAGGAUCCCCUGUACGCCCUAUAGAGACACAAGAUGCCACCGCAGCACCCAAAACCUUCAUCCCUUCAAGUGACAGCUUCAUCAACAGUCUCGUGUCGGACCGCGACAGAACCUCCAUAAACCAACAUUCGAGUGUGCUACUUGAGGAGGAGAGGCAGUUCUCCCCAGCACAGAUCCUCCUGAGCCCUGAGGCCUCUGGACCCGGCACCCCUUGGAGCAACGUGGAUCUGGAAGGCGCAGAGGCGUCUCAAAGUAUGCAAGCAGCAGGAGAGCCUCGCUCAUGCAAUGGUCGCGCCCCCUAUAGACUGGGUCUGGAAGGUGUCGGGGAGGAAGACGGUCCCGUGUGGGCUUGGAUCACAGGAGGGGGCUGCAAUGUGGAUGCUGCCUCCCAAGUCAGCUGGCUCAGCGCUACAGGCCCACUGGUCAGCUCUUUGUCACUAACCCCCGUGCAGUCUUCAGCCUGGAACGAACAGCAGAACAGAGAGGAGAUCUGCAAGAAACCUCUGGAAAGAAGCAACUCCAUCUGGGUGCGUAAAGGCACUCUACGUUGGUGGAGAGACUGGAAGCCGCAGCGCUGGGUGGACGUGGCCGUGGCUUUGGAACAGUCCACCAAGUCUGAUGGGAGGAAGGACAGCAUCUUCUUCGUUUACUACACGCAAUAUGAUGAGAAGAAGUACCUUCACAUCUCCAUCAAUGAAGUGACAGCGCUGGUUCCGGUGUUGCGGGACUGCCACUAUGCCUUUGCCGUGUACACAGCCCACAGGACCAGACUGAGGAGUCCCCUGGUCCUGGCAGCCCAAACUGAAAAGGACAUGAAUGACUGGUUGAGGUUGUUGUCUGACGGUUGCUGCAACUGUCGGGGGAUUACAGCGCUCCCGUCCAGACAGGCUCUGUGGUCCACAACGACCAAAGGGGACAUUUAUGUCCAUGAGCCAUCCUUUUCCCUGGAGGCGGCCACGCAAACGCUGUCAUGUGACCUCAUGUUCUGGCGUCAGGUCCCGGGCCACCUGCGCUGUGUAGAGUCUAACAGUCUGGGGCUGGUGUGGGGCAUCGGGUGGGAUGGCACGGCCUGGGUGUACAGUGGGUGCUCUGGGCGACAGGCCAACCCGGAAGAUGCCGGUCAUGUGCACCAGCAGACUGAUGUCAGGAGUGUGCACGUGUAUGAGAAUCAAAGAUGGAACCCCAUGACCGGCUACACAGACAGAGGGCUUCCCACCGACCGCCCCAUGUGGAGUGACGAGAGCGGACUGAAGGAGAGCACCAAAGGCAACACGGAGCCACCUUCCCCUCAGUGGGCAUGGGUGUCCGAGUGGGCUUUGGACCACAGUGUUCCCGGAGGGACGGACAAGGAUGGAUGGCAGUACGCUGCCGACUUUCCCGUAACAUUCCAUGGCCACAAAACCCUGAAGGAUUUUGUUCGGCGAAGACGUUGGACAAGGAAGUGUAAGAUCACACUGAGAGGUCCGUGGCAGCCGGUCCGACCCAUCCCUCUUAGUGACGUCUCUCUGAUGCCAUGCCUGGCCGACAGCAGCAUAGAGCAGGUCCCCCUGUGGGCCCUCAGUGACAAGGGGGACGUGCUGUGUCGGUUGGGCGUCACCCCGCAAAACCCAGCGGGCAGCUCAUGGCUUCAUGUGGGCACGGACCAGCCCUUCAAAUCCAUCUCCAUAGGCGGAGCCAGUCAGGUGUGGGCCAUUGCCAAGGAUGGGGCUGUCUUCUACAGGGGUUCCGUGUCCCCCCAAAACCCUGCAGGGGAAUGCUGGUACCACAUCCCCGCUCCCUCACGGCAGACCUUGAGACAAUUGUCUGUGGGCCGGACGUCCGUGUUUGCAGCGGAUGAAAACGGUAACCUGUGGUACAGACAGGGUCUGACUCCGAGCUACCCUCAAGGCUCCGCUUGGGAGCUCAUCUCCAACAACGUCACCAAAGUCUCGGCGGGACCGCUGGACCAGGUGUGGAUGGUCGCCGACGGAAUGGCGGGCUUCCCGGCGGAGACUCCUGGGGCCGUUUGUCACAGGCUGGGGGUUGGACCCAUGCGGCCUAAAGGUCAAUCGUGGGACUACGGUAUAGGGGGAGGAUGGGAGCACAUUAGUGUGAGGGCCAACUCUGUGGAGGCCCCCCGCACGAAGCACCUGCUUCCUGCCACCGGACCGCCACCGGCACCCGGCCCGCCCCCCCUGCGGGUCAACGGGGCAGCGGUGGGUGUGUAAAUGUGCCCUCUCCACCACACCCCUUGUUUGUGCCUGGCUCCGCAUUGGGAACGUUCAUAAUUGAUAACGAUCAUAAUUCACCAACAUUAUCAUCACACAGGCUGUGUUGAAAAUCACCCCCCCCCCCCCCCCGCCACAAAGUAGUAUUUUGUGGUACGGUUGGAAUGUGUAGUGAGUAUAGGGUAUCCCCGAAAUAAUGCCCUCAGUAUAUCCCACUAUGCAUCUUGAAAGCGAGUGAGCAACUCAUGGUCACUAGAAAAGCAAUAUAUCCCAUGAUGCAUUGCACCCAUACAGAAAAAGCACCAUAUUUGACUAUUUAUUCCAUAUUUUUGCUAUCAGUUUAAGGUCCGUCUACUAGUAUGCUCUUUGUCCUCACUAGUAAGGCAAUUCAGCACACUAGUAAAACAAUAGGCCCGUGGGAGAAGAACUGUCAUAAAAAAAAAUUUUAAAAAAAAUUCUCACUACUAGUGCCACUUUUUAACCUUACUGGUAAACUACUGUGCCGCGCGAGUAACACCGUAGGUCCAACUAGUAGGCAUGUGUCACACACGAGUAGUCUAGUAGGGACAUGAGUGAAUGAUUAACACAGCCUCAGUGAUGUUUUUUUGUAUUUAUACAAGCGACUGACGGAAAAAAAAAAAGGAAUAAUAUAAAUUA